CUAUAAUAAUAUGGGAUGCUUUAUGAUUGCCACACUACUGUGCCUUGUCUCACUGGAAGCACCAAGAAGAUAGUUGGGAUCUCUACAGUGUCUCGAACAGACCACGGUGUUGCUCAGACACGAGAAUUGCAGUGCACUAAGAUUGCUGUGCCACAGGCAAUUGCUCGUAGUCUGAAUGUUGUAGAAGUAGCGCAUGACAUGCAGCAUCAAGUGUCUCGUUACGUGACCUCUGAUCUGGGACUGAAGAACUCCUUUGAUAUAUGGCAUGGGACCAAGAAUUUGUCAAAGUGUCUCCAGAAGGUUACUCAGGGUCGAGUUAGAGACAAGGGACUGACAUGGUUUCCUGAGCUGGUUGACAAGCAAAAGAGUAUAAAGGUGCAUCUAUACUGGGCUAUGAAGAAUUGUGAUGGUGAUGGCCAGAAGCUUCGUAGUCUGAUAGAAAAUAUCGCUAUGCACUAUCAGGACAACCACCUUGAAUGCCACCCUUCAUCGACUUGUCAUCUCCCUCACUACGCUCCUGGCAAGGAUCUGCUGACUGACCUGGCUACUGUCCAGCAGCUGGAGAAACAAUUGAAGGACACCUACAUCUAUCGCUUCCCAGAGUCCUUCUGUAGGUGUCGUGAUAUGUAUUGGGUGGAAAGUUUCAAUCACCAGCUUCUCUGCUACAUCUCAAAGAGGGUUUUCUCUAUGAGAAUGAACUUGGCUGUGUUGGACUGGAAUGAGAACGUGGGACGAGAGCACACAAGCAAGCGCAAGUUGAAAGACCUUCGGCGACCUGACCGCAGAACUGCCAUGAAAGCUCUCGUCAAGAAAACGUAUCAGUUUGCUUAUGUACUGUGGACCACCUACGUUACAAAGAACAUGACAAGCUUGGAUUUUCUUGAUGAAGAUGAUGGCGAUGAUGGCGAUGAUUCUGAUAUUUUAGAAGAUGGGGAGAUUGUACCUGAUUCAGACAGUGAUUACGAGGGUGAUGAUCCUGGCUGUGUGGGACCAAACGUCUGAUUGUCAUGGCAUGAUGUCUCUCCUGUCAUCUCUUGCAGUGCGCAGCUCCUUUGCUCUCAAGUACUCCUCGUCCUGCCACACCCCAAGUGUGUUCAAACACCUCCAAAACAGCUUGUAGAGCCUGUGUCGCUUCUCUGCAUUGGCUGGAUGUGGGUCACAUGAUCCCUUCAAAAACGUUGGAGGCUGUUGAACGACGCACGGGGCACAGAAACAGUGUGGACAGUGGUUGAGCCUUCUGUGGACGGGCACAUUAUGCUGUAGUGUCUCGUAACCACGAGGAAGAUCGCGCACACUCACAUCUGCUGAAAGAAAGCGAUAAUAAUUGGCUAAGUUGUACACGUAUUGUGAUAUGGUCACUUACCUUGCCUUUCUUCCAGAUCAAUUUCAUUCUCUGGUCUAACCACCCUCUCCCAAACGAUCUCUGCCCUAAACCCUCUUGUUGGCUGGUGAUCACGAAUGAAUUUGUUCAAUUCUGAGAUGAAAACUUGAGGAGGAAUAUCGUCGUAUUCAACUCUAACCUGGAACAAAACUGUGUAUAGCUUCAUAUUGUUUGUAUUGGUCUUACUUUUAUGGUUUUUGCAGCCAUAGUAAGCGCUAGCAAAGAUAAUAUCUCUGUGGAUAGUAUAGCUAGCUGUGUGUGCAAGUCUUGCGGCACAAUUUGAAAUUGUAAUCACUUCCUUCCGGA